UCACCGUCGCCAUCGAAACAAUCAUGGCUGCUUGAUUUUGUAAACAAAACUGAAGUAACGUUUGUGCCAGUUUACAUUGACGUCUACUUCCAAAAUGCAUAUUGAUAGGUGAUCGUGAUAUGGGUGAAGAUUCAGAACAUAGUGAAGAAGCCCCGUGAUCUACUGCAGUAGCGAAGCACACGCAACAAGUUGACACGCACUACUACACCGUUCGCUAAAAAACUGAGAAGAUGGGUGUUCACGACCUGUGGCAAGUUUUGGAACCCGUUGCCCGAAAAGUGCACCUUGAGGAAUUAAAGGGGCAAGUUAUUGCUGUCGACCUCAGCGGAUGGAUCGUGGAAAGUCAACGCGUGCAGGCUACUCACAACACCUCCAAGUACAUGCAUCUUAGGAACCUCUUUUUCCGGUGCUCUAAACUGCUGGGCUAUGGUAUGGAUCUAGUCUUUGUGCUCGAAGGGAAUGCACCAGACGUUAAAGGGGAGACACUGUCUCAGCGAAGCAAGUUAUAUUAUCCUGAAAUCCGAGAUUCUAGGAGAGGAGGUAGUCGCCCUCGUCUCCGAGCCUUAAGUGAGCAGUGCAGGGAGCUUCUCUCCAUUAUGGGACUGCACUGCGUUCAGAGCUUGGGUGAAGCUGAAGCAACCUGCGCUGCUCUCAACAAAAAGAAAUUAGUUGAUGCAUGCAUGACAGAAGACAGUGAUGUAUUCCUUUAUGGAGCCACUUUGGUUUACAGAGGUGUUGAUAUCGAUGAUAAGGAUCCCCAUGUUCUAGCAUACAAAAUGUCAGACAUAGAGUCACAGCUCAAUUUGACGAGGGAGAAGCUGAUAGCUGUGGCACUGCUCGCCGGUUGUGACUACUUUCCUGGAGUCCAAGGCGUCGGGAAAGAGACGGCUAUUAAACUGUUUUCUAAACUUGGCGACGUCGAUAUUCUAGAGAGGUUUAAAAGUUGGAACACGGACAGCAAGUUUGAACAGCUGCAAAACAAAGCAGACGUCAUAAUGCGAAAGCCCCGACACUGCAAUGUCUGCCACCACCCAGGGACGCCAAAAGCCCACACGGAGGAAGGGUGCGAGAACUGCAAGACUGAAAAGCGGUGCAAAGUUCUCUCGGAAAAAGAUGCUCGGUGCACAUGUCGCUGGCACGAGACGGACUCUGUCAAACGUGAAUGGAAAUUGGAGCUGGAUGUGCGAAAGAAGGCCAUGGCUACUGCACAAUUUCCACCAGAGGAGGUUGUCCAAGAGUUUCUCUGUGACCAAGUUGAGUUCCACUCACUGGACGGGUCGUGGAAGCAACCAGAGCUCUCCCCAUUUCAGCUAGCAUCUGUGAUGCUGCAGGAAUUUAUGCAAAAGAUGCUUUUCUGGGAACCAAGCGAGAGCCGUGAGAAACUGUUCCCGCUGCUCACUCGUUGGCAUCUGCUGCAUGUGGAUCGUCCAUGCAGGACACUGAAAGCGGAAAGGAUCGUGAAGUUGAGGAACAUACGAAAUGUACCUUUGUACGAAGUAUUAUGGUCGCAAGAGCAAUGUGAGGGCACAGUACCAGAGGGCGACGCGUCUGGCACUACAACGCUGGAGCCUCAGCAGCUCUUCAGACAAUGUUACCCUGCGUUAGUUGAUCAGUUUCUAGAGGAAGUCAAUGCCAAGAAAGCAACAAAGAAAACAGCGAAAAACACCAAGGACAUACGAGAGUUUUUCAAGGUGAAAGCCAAAAGCAAGGCCAACAAGCCAGAAAGCCAAAGCCAGGAACAAGUCCAGCCAGACCUUGUAGAGGACACAAAAAACAAAACUGGUGGUAAUUGCAAUGUUGAAAACGAAGAGGUAAAGGAACAUGAAAGAGGAGAACUCGCAAACCUAAACAAAGAGCAAUCGCAACCUGUCAUAGCUGGAAAGCUGAAGCAGUCCACCGAAACUGAGCAGAAGGCUGAGAAGUUAACACGGUUAAGACAGACCGAGAAGAAACACGUCACGCGCACCCAAAAACCUGUUCCUGAACCCACGGCUGAAAUUACACAUUUUUUCGGAUCACCCGGAAAGAAAGGUAUCGGUGACGACAGCCUCGCAGAGUACACCGUGCCAUUAGCGGAGAGGAUCCGCAGGAAAGAAGUGCACAGCAGUAGGAAAGAUGCGAGAAAAAUAGACGGUAUGUCAGAUCUAGAAAUCUCCCUUCAACAACCAACGCCACCAGAGUUGCAAAGCCCCACAAAAGCGUCGAGGGAAGAAGUCCUAUCGGGCCACGACUGCUCUCCUCCCAAAAGAAAACUAAUAUCUCCAAAGCCCAGCCCCCGAAUGGAUGCAAAGACCGAGAGUCUUCGUGUUGAACCCGAGGCACAGUUUACCAAUCUAAGAUCCCCCAAUACACUAAGAAAUGAUCAAUCCACAACCACAGGAAAGUCUGUUCGCUGUCUCUUUCCUGUUGAGUGUCACACAGCUGCUGUCAAAGACGACUUAACAUCCCCUGCAGAACUGGAAAAUUGUAGCAGCCAACGUUGUUGCAGCGUUGCAGCAUCGUCGUUCGAGAGUACACCCAUCAGUGCCAUGAGAGAGAGGCGCAGCAGAAGAGAACACACUCCCACAGAGAGCGAUUACGAUCCUUCCAAAUCAUUGUUUAGCUCGUUUGAGAACCAGUCAUCGUUGAACCGCGAGACUCACUCCAUCAUAGAGAUAUCGGAUGAGGAGUCUUAAAUACGAGACUCUCUUUUAUCGGUUACACAGUUACUAAUCAUUCCGCUGCUCUUGAGCAUACACAGGGCAUUGUGCUUUCAGUUUUUUUCUUUUUUUGUUUUUUACAGCCCCGGUAAAAAUUGGGUUUUAUUUCGGGAGUUGUGAAACAGAGUAAACUUGUGGAAAAUUUUUAAAAUGUGCGCUUCCUGCAUUGCCUAGCAUUUCCCCACUGCAUGUAUUGGCGGCUGAAUUGGCGCUUUGCCAAGCUGGUUUGGGGGGGGGGGGGGGG